GUGGCCGUGGUGGCCGUGGUGGCCGUGGUGGCCGUGGCCGCGGCCGCAGCCGAGUGCAGUGAUGGCAGCUGCCCCCAGAAUGUGACCCGGGACCAUCUGCUGCUGCAGCGGAAGGUCGCCUCAGUGGUGAAGGCACAGAAGGCACAGAAGGCAGGCGACUCGAAUGCGACUGGGAAGAUCUUCAGGAAAAUGAGAAGCCAAAUCACUGGGCAGUGCGACUUGGAGUUUGUGAACUUGGGCCGAGAUGGUGAGCCUGGCAUGACGGAGUGUCAGGGCGACUGUGAUGAUCAUAGUGAUUGUGCUCCAGGACUGAAGUGCAAAGAAAGGAGUUGGAACGAGGCGGUCCCCGGCUGCCAUGGCUUUGCCUACAAUCGCAUGGACUACUGCUACAACCCUGCCUGCGACAGCGACAGCACGGAGGAUAGCCUGGAUAGCAGUUAUGGUUCACAAGGUGGGGCCAACAUGCCGAAGUGUGCCGGGGACUGCGAUGAAGACAGUGACUGUGCUGGCUCUUUGAAAUGUUUCCAAAGAGAUGGUCAUCAAAGAAUUCCGGGCUGCUCUGGUCGGGGUGUCUCAAACUUUGACUAUUGCUAUGAUCCUGCGGAUGAAGAAGAUACCUCCACAUCCACCACGGCAUCCACCACGGGAUCCACCACGGGAUCCACCACGGGAUCCACCACGGGAUCCACCACAUCAACCCCUUCAACUGGUGGAGACUGCUUAUGUGUCUUUGACAUCGACCGCACCCUGACUGGGAAGCAAGGCACAGCAACGAACAACGAAUGUCCUCAAAACAAAGAGAUUCCGGGCAUUAUGGAUUAUGCCUACAGCAGAGGAUGGUUGACCAUCUCAGAUGCUGGCCAGAAUUUGCAGCAGACUUUCUGCAACCAAUGCUAUUUGGGCAUCGUUUCAGCUGGUUGGGCCAGUGGUCCUGACGAGAAGGACUAUCUGUUGGAUCAUGUACUGCUCAGCGAGCCUUACAGCAAACUGCGAGAGGAGUACCCCAAAGCUGCACGCUGGUCUCGUCGCCGCACUCUGGGGUCCCCCUUGGUGCUGGGCUAUGCAGACAGGAAGAAACAGGAUGCCGUUGAGGGCAUUGUCAACUGGUAUGCGCAGAGAGGCAUUACCAUCCGACCACCCAAGGUGCAUUUCUUUGGAGAUCGCACUGAGAACAUUGGCCCUUUUGCUUCAAAGGGCUACAACUCACGUGAGAUCUCGUGUGAUUCUCGUGACCAAUCCCAUCACAAUGGCAUGGUAGGCUACUGUGGCGCGUUGGUGUCUGAGAUCGUGGACACACCUGGAGUGAAAUUGUGCAGCGACCCGGAGCCAGUGACCACAGUCCCUCCUUCCGACAUGGCACCGCCAUCAGAGAACCAACCAACCCCUGGCGGAGAAUGUCUUUGUGUCUUUGACAUUGACCGAACCCUGACAGGAAAACAAGGGAUCCGAGGGCCAGACUCGGACUGUCCCAACAACAAGAAAGCCUCAUUCAUUUGGGAUUCAGCAUAUUCAGGAGGCUGGCUACAUCUUUCAGAAGCUGGCCAAAAUCUGGAAAAGACCUUCUGCAACGACUGCUACCUUGGAGUUGUGUCCGCUGGUUCCGCUAGUGGUUAUCUCUCAGCUGAGCGGCGCUAUUUGCUGAAGAACGUCCUCAAGAGUCGUCCAUUCAAACGACUCCAGAGAAAGGAACGGGAAGCGAAGGAAUGGUCAGACGGCAGCGAAGUGAAUUCGCCAUUGGUUUUGCGUUGGCCAGACCGAACAAAGCAAGAUGCGGUAAAGGGUAUCGUGGAGUGGUAUGCCACGAAAGACAUCCACAUUGCAGCGUCAGACGUCCACUUCUUUGGGGACCGCACUGAGAACAUCGGACCCUUCCGACAAUCGGGCUUCAACUCUCGGGAAAUCUCCUGCUCCAAGAGGGACUACUCCAUCGGCAACGGCAUGGUGGGACUAUGUGGGGCAGCCCUCAGUGAGAUCGUCGACACGAAAGGUGUGGUAGAGUGUUGA